UCAAACACCAAAUGCUUCCUCUUCUUCUCCACAAAGCUUAUUCCACAACUUCCAGUACUUCUCUAACUUGGAGAACCCAACUCAAACAAGCUCACUUAGCCUCCCAAAUAUCUUCGAUCCUCUUACAGAGACGCAACUGGGUUCCACUCCUCCAAAACCUCAACCUCCCCAAACUAAACCCUCCUCUCUUUCUCCAAAUCCUCCACAAAACCCAGCAAAACCCGCAACUCUCUUUGGAUUUCUUCAACUGGGCCAAGUUCCAUUUACGUUUCGAACCAGACCUCAAGUCCCACUGCCAAAUCAUCCAGCUCUCACUCGGGUCUGGCCUCACCCGACCCGUCAAACCCAUCUUGGAUACACUAAUCCAGACACAUCAUGUUUCCAAGGUUGUACAGUCCAUGGUUCAGGUUACAGGUACAGAUUCUCUAUCCAAUGUGUUAAGUUUUGUGCUUGGUUGCUAUGCAAAAAAGGGUUUGGUUAAAGAAUGCUUAGAAGUUUAUAGAGAAAUGAGUGUUCUUGGUUGUGUGCCUACAGUUUUAGCCUGCAAUGCAUUGCUUAAUACAAUGAGGCUAGAAAAUGAGACUAGAUUGGGUUGGGGUUUCUAUGGGGCUAUGAUCAGAAAUGGGAUUAUAUCAAACCAGUUUACAUGGUCUCUGGUUGCUCAAUUUCUUUGUAAAGAUGGGAAAUUUGAAAGAAUAGUUAAGCUUUUGGAUUCUGGUGUUUGUGAUUCUAUGUUUUAUAGUCUUCUUGUGGAUGGUUAUAGCAAAAGUGGGAAUUUUGAAGCUGCAUUUUGCUACUUGGAUAAAAUGAGUGUUGGGAAAUUGGACCCUGGUUUUAGUACUUAUAGUUCUGUUCUCGAUGGAGCAUGUAAACAUGGGAAUGUGGAAGUGGUUGAAAGAGUAAUGCGGAUUAUGCUAGAGAAGAAGUUGCUUUCGAAGAGUCCUGUAACGGAUUAUAAUUCGAUUGUUAAAAAGCUUUGUGAUUUGAACAAAAUUUAUGCAGCCGAAAUGUUUUUUAAGAAAGCAUGUGAGGAGAAAAUUGAACUGCAAAUUGCUACUUAUGGAUGUAUGCUGCAGUCACUGACUACAGAAAUGAGAAUAGUGGAAGCUAUUUGGGUGUAUCGGCUGAUUUGUGAGAGGGGUAUUGUGGUGGACGAUAAUAGUUAUAAUGCAUUUGCUAAUGUUCUUUGCAAGAAAGUGCAAUUUGAGGAGGGUUUCGAGUUGUUAAUGGAUGUUAUAAGAAGAGGGUUUAGUCCCUGUGCAUCAGAGUUGUCUGGAUUUAUAUCAUUUCUUUGCGGCAGGCGUAGAUGGAGAGAAGCAGAAGAUGUGUUGAACUCAGUUCUAGACAAAGGACUACUACCGGAUCUGACUUCUUGUUCCUCACUAGUACGGCAUUACUGCUCCACAAGACGGAUUAAUUCAGCUACGGCACUGCACAGUAAGAUGGAAAAGCUGAACGGCAGUUUGGAUGCGACAACUUACAAUGUACUUCUUGGCGGGCUUUUUGCAGCAAGGAGAGUUGAAGAAGCAGUGAGAGUGUUCGAUUACAUGAGAAGCCGCAACUUGAUGAGCAGUGAAAGCUUUACGAUCAUGAUUCGUGGGCUUUGUCAAGUAAAGGAGCUGCGAAAGGCCAUGAAAAUUCAUGAUGAGAUGUUAAAGCUGGGACUUAAGCCCCCUGUAGCCACUUAUAGAAGGCUGAUACAUGGAUUCAGGCCUUGAUAUAUAAAAGCAGUGGAAAAAA